AUGUCGAACGUUCCUCCGCCAAGCGGACUUAGUUACCAGGUCAAAAAGAAGCUUGAGGGCAAGCGAGACAAGGACCAGGAGAAUGAAUCACUCGACUGGAUCGAAGCGAUCACCGGUCUGAAGUUGGAUCGUUCCAAGCCCUAUGAGGAUAUCUUGAAGGAUGGCACGGUUCUGUGCAAACUCAUGAACGGAAUCAAGCCAGGCAGCGUCAAGAAGAUUAACGAGAAUGCUACGAUGCCCUUCAAGAUCAUGGAGAACAUUAGUGCUUUCUUGGAGGCAAUGAAGAGCUACGGAGUCCCCGUGGCAGACCUCUUCCAGACUGUGGACCUCUUUGAGAAAAAGGAUAUCGCUCAGGUCACUAGAACCAUCUUUGCGCUGGGCCGCACCUGCCAGACCCAUCCAGAGUUCACUGGUCCUACCCUUGGCCCCAAGCUCGCCACAGAAAACAAGCGCGAAUUCACAGAGGAGCAGCUGAAGGAGAGUCAGAAACACGUCAGCUUGCAGUACGGCUCGAACAAGGGCGCAAGUCAAGCCGGACUCAAUAUGGGCAAACAGCGAAUGAUCAUAGAUUAG